AUGUCUCACAACAAUUUCAAGCAAAGUAGCUACAAGAUAGAUAAAGAAGACAACAAUGAAAAUGCAAACGACAUUUCAAGCUUCGAUUUGUUUGAUGCGGAAAAGUAUUGGAAUUUCAAAUCUUCAAUCAAAGACGAUGUAAUAUUUCAUGAAUUUGCUGAUCCAUUGAUCAAACGAAUAAUAUUAUCAACAGCAACUGAUUCAAACACUUUUAAGGACUGUGAUCUUCAAUUAAUAACAAUGGAUUUUUUGUUUUGCAAUUUCAAUCACACUUCUAAUUGUGCCCACGAUCAUUUCAAUAAUUAUGAACAUCAUUCAAGUACUGAUAUUAAUAAUCAUGAUGCUUUGAAAAAAUUGAGCUUGUCAAUUAAUGCAAAUAUAAUCUCCAGUUUCAACAAUAAAAAUGAAUUGAAAUUACAAAUUAACUAUUGA